CGUGAGCUGCAAAUAAAGCUCGGGCGGGAGAACCGAAGAGCCAAUGCCUAUCCGAACACCACCACUCCCUAGUCUCUACUCUAGUAACCAGUCACUUAAGCUUGGCCACUGGCCAGUAGUCCCGCUCCACGCACAAACAGAGAAUCAGAGAUGGGCAACGCCGGGUGGAGGCGCUCCAAGAAGGACGACGUCGUCACCGAGGCUUCGAGGCGCGCGGUCGUCAAGCCGCGCAAUCAGCGGCGGGACGACGACGUUGAUGAUGAGUUGGGGCAGACGACGCGUGCGGGGCGACGUCGUCCUCGUGCAGGAGGCGUUCCGCGGGCGGGCGGCGGCGGCGGCGGCGCCGGCACGGUGGUGACGGUGAAGGUCGUGAUGAGGAGGAAGGACGCGGAGGGGCUGGCGGCGAGGCUGAAGGCGCAGGGCGCGCGGGCGCGCAGGGCCAGGAUGGCGGAGCUCAAGGGCGAGCUCCGGGCCGGCGGCGGCGCGCGCCCGGCGCCGUGCCGGGACGAGUGCCGGAGCCGCCCGCAACUCGCGCCGAUAAACGAGAAGUAGCUUUAGUGCACACCGGUGGUGUGACACGACCAGUUUGAGCGCCGGAGAUUGCUUGGAAGUUAGCUCGCUCGUGUCCUGGGCUCCUAGUGGCCGUUCCAGUUGAGGAGUGUGUGUAUGCAAGUGGGUUGGUCACCCGGCCGUGUGUGCCUGUACAUGUAGUGGAAAGAGGUGGCCAUAUUUAGCUAUAUUUUCUACCUUCACCUUCACCAUGCUCAUAUGAUCAUAUCCAUGGAUGUAUGUACCCCUGCUUGUUCGUUACCAAAGAUCCUCCGUUCCUCCGAUC